ACGAGUUUUUAAUGUUUUAAAUGUUAUUAUACCUAGGUACCUGUCUACAUUGUCACGGGAUCCAGACUGUAUUUGUCAUUUGUCCGUCUACCGACAACAGUUGUAGAUCACUUCCGUCUCACCCGGCAACUAAUUAUAUUCACGAUCUAUUUGUAAAAUUUAUACAUCCGUGAAGUAUACUGCAGUAUACGAUAAAAUAUUAUAAUAUUACGCAGUGUAAUAUUAAGCCUGUUACGUUUUUACGGGUUGUUAUUAAUAUUUUCUUUGAGUACAUUGUUUAAAUUUUUUUGCGAUGGGUACGUUCGAGUGUACGCUAUGUGCACGCAACUAUAAUUUAAGGUCCGGAUUGGAAGGCCAUAUACUGAAUUACCAUACACGUCGUGAGAAAAAAAUCCGUCGAAAGUCAGCUGAAAAGAAAACUACCGUCGAUCUUGGAAAAGUUCAUACUAAAUCGAGCUGUCUUGCAUUAAGUAAACCAAAAAAUGUUCCACCAACAGAUCAGUCGAAAACUUUAUCAUCAACGAACACAAACCAUUUGGAAACUCCUGCGGAAUUACUUUUGGAUAUGUCGGAAGUUUUGGCAAACAACACCAUGUAUACGUUUGAAGCAUGGGUAAGACAAGUUGAAGAGGAAAAUAAUACAAUAAUGUCUACAGAGCAGAAUGGUCAGCUUGAUUCGACUAUAUCUACGACCCCAUCUCCAGAAUUAUCGGACCAGCAUCAAAAUACUAGCCCGUCUGAUAAUCAAUUCAAACUUCCAGAAGUGCCUCCCUUGCGCCGUUAUCGCCAUCCGACCUUUGGAUUGAAUAGCAACGACAACUACAACUUCAUAGAUCUCAGAGGUGAUUACGUUUGGGCGGAUGAAGCCAUUUGGGAAACCAAUGACAACGGAUGCUGAUUUUGUAGUAUUAAUUAUCAUAUGAUUUAGUAUCGUUAAGUUUAUUAUCCUCAUUUUAAUGAUUAUAUUUUAUAGUUUACUCAAUUCGUAAUUAUA